GAAAUGAAUCACAAAAGUUUUUGUCGACUCGGUCUAGAAUUAAAAACGGAGGAAUAUUUUUAGCUAUCCAGGGAAAAUGAAGAGGCAAAACGUCCGGACACUCGCCUUAAUUAUUUGCACCCUGUCCUAUUUACUUAUUGGAGCGGGAGUCUUCGAGGCUUUAGAGUCAAAGCUUGAAAAAAGCCAGAAAAGGAAGCUGGAUUAUCGAAAAUUUCAAUUGAUGACUAAAUAUAAUCUCUCCAGAACAGACUUUGACCAAAUUGAAAAAGUGGUUUUGCUUCUUAAGCCACACAGAGCCGGAGUCCAGUGGAAGUUCGCCGGUUCAUUUUACUUCGCCAUCACCGUGAUAACGACGAUAGGUUAUGGUCAUGCUGCUCCCAGCACGGACGCAGGGAAGGCAUUCUGCAUGGGCUAUGCACUCUUGGGCAUCCCGCUCACUCUGGUGAUGUUCCAGAGCUUGGGUGAGCGCAUCAAUACGUUUGUGCGCUUCCUUCUGCACAAAGCCAAGAAGUACAUGGGCCUGCGGCGGGCGGAGGUCUCCAUGGCCAACAUGGUGACCAUCGGAUUCUUCUCCUGCGUGGGAACACUGUGCGUGGGGGCGGCCGCCUUUUCACACUACGAGGGCUGGAGCUACUUCCAUGCAUUCUAUUACUGUUUCAUCACACUCACUACCAUCGGCUUCGGCGACUACGUGGCGCUGCAGAAGGACAACGCCCUGAACAAUGACCCACACUACGUGGCCUUCAGCUUCGUCUACAUCCUGAUGGGCCUGACGGUGAUUGGUGCCUUCCUCAACCUGGUGGUGCUACGCUUCAUGACCAUGAAUGCCGAGGAUGAACGAAAGGAUGCCGAGCAGCGUGCGCUGCUGGCCCGCGACAAACGCGUUGUGCGGCCGCCCCGCUGCUCUGGGCCCCCAGCGUCCCCUGUGUGUGAGCGCAACGCCAAGAGGCGUGGCCUGAAGAGCGUCUAUGCCGAGGUGCUCCACUUCCAGACCGUCUGCUCCUGUCUGUGGUACAAGAGCCGGGAGAAGAUGGUCAUACUCCCUCAGGACUUGUCCUUCAGCGAUGCGCUGAUGGAGCAGGGCGACGUCUCCCCGAGGCGCUUCUUUGAGGCCGGCUCCGUGGGCUGCGUGUGCAGUCCCCAGCGCUGCUCAGCUAUCAGCACUGUCUCCAAUGACCUGAGGAGCAUGUCCCCGUUCAGGCUGCUCUCCAAGAGACGCAGCUCCGUCUAGACAUCUAGCUCAGGUGUUGGACAGGUACAUGCUCGUGAAGCUGGUAAAAACGCAGAGCUGCUGUACGUUUCUCCUGCAUGCAUAUGUGUUUAUGUGAAGAUGCUGGAAAGCACCACUCUAAGUACAAAGAGAAAAGCUAGAGUAGGUACGGAAUUA